UUUGUGCGCGCGAGGGAGCGCGUGUGGUGGCAACGGGCCGGGGAGAGAGAAUAGCAGGGGGGGGGGCUGUGCCCGGGCUGGGAGGAGAGGCUCUUCCACGCUGCACUCAAGUGACAUUCAGGGCGAACACCACAUGUUUCAUUCGGCCAGCCGGGCAGGCAGCAAAUUAGAAAGGCGCCCGGACAAACGCCUUUCCCUCGACUGGCCUAAAUGCUAAAAUAAACUCAUUGCUGGCCGUCGCUCUCAGGCUCCCAAAAGAUCCUCUCCACUCCCGGGCAGCGCCAAAUUUCGCCUCAGUCUCUUUUACCUUUGGAGAGUUUUCCUCGCUUGACGAAUGGAAAGAAUAUAACAGCCUUCGUCUGUCCUUCUGCCCGCUAAGAAAGAAGAAGAACAAAAAUCAAAGGAAACGAGCGGCCAAGGGCUACGACUUGGAGGGAAAGUCUUUCGUUUCCUUGUCCCGCUAUUCGUGGCAGGCAAGGAGCUCCGGGCGAGCUCGGUCCUCCUUCGGAGCCAAGUCUCAGCGCCUGACGAACUUGGGGCAAGGUCGGCACGGGCCAAUCAAGGCUGGUCCUUCAGGAUGCUUUUGAUGAGAUGCUCCAUAUUCUACCUUUUCCUUCUGCUGCCACUUAGCUCCUGGAUGCAGAAACUACCUACUAGAGAUGAAGAACUUUUUCAGAUGCAGAUCCAGGACAAAACAUUUUUCCAUGAUUCUUCAGUACUUCCCGAUGGAGCAGAGAUCAGUAGUUAUCUUUUCAGAGGAACACCCAAACGGUUUUUUUUUGUGGUAGAGGAAGAUAAUACACCAUUUGCAGUUACAGUGACUCCUUGUGACACACCUUUGGAAUGGAAACUGAGUUUGCAAGACCUCCCUGAAGAGUCAAGUGGAGAGGGCUCAGGUGACUCAGAGCCACUUGAACAACAGAAUCAGCAGAUUAUUAGUGAAGAAGGCACAGAGCUGUUUUCAUAUAGAGGAAACGAUGUUGAGUAUUUUGUAUCCUCUGCUUCACCUUCUGGGGUAUACCAGUUAGAACUAUGGUCAACAGAAAAGGAUACAAACUUUAAAAUCUAUGCUAGUACAACUCCAGAGUCAGAUCAACCAUAUCCUGAACUACCUUAUGAUCCAAGAGUUGAUGUGACUUCUCUUGGUCGUACAACUGUCAGUUUGGCAUGGAAACCUAGCCCUACAGCUUCAGUAUUGAAACAGCCAAUACAAUAUUGUGUAGUUAUUAAUAAAAAACACAAUUUCAAAAGUUUCUGUGCUGUUGAGACUAAACAGAGUGCUGAUGAUACAUUUAUGAAAGCUCCUAAACCUGGUCUGGAUUUUAGCCCUUUUGAUUUUGUCCAUUUUGGAUUUUCUUCCAACAGUAAUUCUGGGAAAGUAAGCAGCUUCUUAAAACCAACACCAAAGCUUUAUUCAAAACUUUAUUCAAAGCCUAAAUUUGAUCUGGAAAAGAUAUGCAUUGGAAACAAGAAUAUAUUUACUGUAUCUGAACUGAAACCUGGUACACAGUACUAUUUUGAUAUAUUUGCUGUAAAUGUCAAUACAAAUAUGAGUACUGCCUACGUUGGUACUUUUGCAACAACUAAAGAAGAGGCCAAACAGAAGACAGUUGAUUUAAAAGAUGGGAAGGUUACAGAUGUGUUUGUUAAGAGAAAAGGCACCAAGUUUUUACGGUUUGCUCCUGUUUCAUCACAUCAAAAAGUUACAUUUUUUGUUCACUCAUGUCUUAAUGCCAUACAAAUGCAAAUCAAAAGAGACAGAAAACUUCUGUUAUCUCCAAAUGUUGAGGGCAUCCAUCAGUUUCAGCUUAGGGGAAAGCCAAAAGCCAAAUACCUCAUUCGACUGAAAGGAAAUAAGAAGGGAGCUUCCAUACUGAAGUUUUUGGCCACAACAAGACCCAAUAAGCAGUCAUUUCCAUCUCUUCCUGAAGAUACAAGAAUUAAAGCCUUUGAUAAACUUCGCACAUGUUCCUCAGUCACAGUGGCAUGGUUAGGUACACAAGAAAGAAACAAGUUUUGCAUCUACAAGAAAGAAGUAGAUAAUGAUUAUAAUGAGGAGAAAAAGAAAAGAGAACAAAAUCAAUGUCUGGGACCAGACUUGAGAAAAAAAUCAGAAAAAGUCCUCUGUAAGUAUUUUCACAGUCAAAACCUACAAAAAGCAGUUACCACAGAGACAAUUAAAAGUCUAAAGCCGGGCAAAUCCUACCUUCUGGAUGUUUAUGUCAUAGGACAUGGUGGGUACUCUGUCAAAUAUCAAAGCAAAUUGGUGAGAACAAGAAAAUUGUGUUAGGAAUCUUUUACAUAAAAAUCAGCAGAACAUUAUUGGAUUGACUAACUACUUAUACAGAAUAGAAGUUGUAAACUGUAUUGAUAUUAUGUAUAGGAAAUAUUAACAUCUAUAUUUAUGUUUACAGAAGUAAUUAAAAAAGACUCAGAUUAGUGCUCUUCGUUGGUAUCUGACGAUUGCAUUAUCAUGCAUCUGGUGGUCUAUGUUUGAUGGUCAGUAAAUAAUGAAGAUAGCAGGGAAUAUUGAAGAACCUGCCCUUUUUGGCUUCCAUAUUGCAUGAAGUGCUUCUAAAUUAUUUUAUCAUAUCAAAGGCUAACCCAAAUCAUUCAGUAGGAUAUUAGUCAUAGGCAAAGACAAGAACCAAAACUUCCAUCCAAUCUCUUUUCAUAGAUUACAGUUUAUGUAAAUUAUUUUUAUUGUCUUGUUUAAUAUAUCUAGGUUUCUAUGUUGUAAACUAUGAAAAAUCUUUUCCUGUUAAAAGCAUAGAUCUAAAUUAAAUAUUAACUGGGAUUUCCAGUUUUAUUGUUAAUAUAAAUUCCUAUCUGCUUAAUUUUAAAUGCUUAAAAAGUUUAUGUAUUUCAUGUUCAAAAUUGUCAGUCAUUAUAUUCCUGUACAUAAAAUUAAAAUAUUAUAUUAUACAUUCCAAUUGAUAUUAAUGUUUCAUAUAUCUACAUAGCCAUAUACAUAUACAUAAAUUUGUAUAAUUGUGAAUGUAUAUUGAGCAUCUUUAAUUAGUAAUUAUCUGAACAUCUUUAAUUGUUAAGUAUAUUUCAAAUAUUUUAGUACAGUUGAUAAUACACAAGCUUUUUCAAUUUGUCAGAUCAAUACUUUCAUCUAUAUUGAAACAAUAAGAUAACCUACUUGUGCUUAAAAUUGAAGAAACUGAUAUGAAUAUCUCUUUCUUUUAAUUCACGGUAAUAGCUUGGACUAUCAUAUAGUAAGCAAAAUCCAAUGCAUAAUCGGCUUUCUUAGCUUUUGCUGAUUUCCAUAGAUAUUUAUAUCAUUGUAAUUAUAUUUUGGAUUGUACUAUGUGACCUACAUAUUGAACACUUCAGAGAUAACAAAUGAAAGGAAGACAAACAUGGAUUAUUAAUAAUGUUUAUUUUCUGCAUUUUCAUAGAGAUCGGAUUAAAAGUUAGAUCUUCAUCAAGCAGUACCUUUUAUGUUUUCAUUUGUUUUCCUGAAAACAAAGCAAAUGUAGCAAUUGUUUUCAUAGUAUUUUUAAAAACAGAAUAAUAUCAGAAUUUAUUCACACAUCUCUAGCUUGGCACUUUGACAGUUCACUGUAUAAAAAAAAUCUGUUUAACAAUAUCCAUUCACCACCCUACUCCAUGGUUUUCAGACUCCCUAUUUUUCUGGUGGUCAAG